AUGGGUAAAGGACCGUCGAUAUUCAGAUUCGAUGCCUUUGCAAAGACAUUGGACGAGGCAAAGGUCAAAACAACCAGUGGAGGUAUCCUAACGCUUAUAUGCUCGUUUACCAUCUUUAUUCUCCUUAUAAAUGAAUACAGGGACUACCGAACGCUGAUAAUGCGACCAGAGUUGGUUGUUGACAGGGAUCACGACAAGACUUUGGGUCUCAACUUGGAUAUUACCUUCCCAAACAUGCCAUGUGAUCUACUUUCGAUGGAUAUCAUGGACUUAACCGGUGAUGUUCAGGCCGAUAUUCUAGAAGGCAACUUUCUUCGCACAAGAUUGGACAGAGAUGGCAAAGAAAUUGCCACUGAUGAGCCAUUCAAGGUGAACAAAGAGGACGGGGCAAAGUCCGAAUUGAGCACGGAGGACUCUCAGUAUUGUGGUUCAUGCUAUGGGGCCAUUGACCAAUCGGGAAACGAGAAGGAGAGUGAUCCAACCAAGUGGGUUUGCUGUAACAGUUGCGAGGCAGUGAAACUUGCAUAUUCGAAAGCGGCUUGGAAAUUCUAUGAUGGCGAGGGAAUCGAGCAAUGCGAAAAAGAGGGAUACGUGGACCGGAUUAAUAAGAGAUUAGAUGAAGGAUGCCGGGUGAAGGGAACAGCUCAAUUGAACAGAAUAGGAGGUAACUUGCAUUUUGCACCGGGUAGCUCCAUCACAAUGAACGAUCGUCACGUUCAUGAUCUUUCUCUAUUCGAUAAGCACCAAGAUAAGUUCAACUUCGAUCAUGUUAUCAAUCAUUUCUCGUUUGGCCCAGAUGACCAUCACUUAAAUUUGCAUUCAGCCAGUCACAACUACACAACAACCCAUCCGUUAGACGGAAGUGAGAAGGCUGUUGGUGACAAGUACCGAGUUUAUUCCUACUUCCUAAAAGUGGUGAAUAGUCGCUUCGAGUAUCUGGAUGGUGAUGUUCUUGAGACGAACGAGUUUUCGGCAACAGAGCACGACAGACCACUCAGGGGCGGCAGAGAUGAUGAUCAUCCUAAUACCAUUCAUGCCAGAGGUGGCCUACCCGGCCUGUACUUCUACUUUGAUAUUAGUCCCAUGAAAAUUAUCAAUAGGGAAGCCAACAAGAAGACAUGGUCUGCUUUCUGUCUCAGUGUUUGCUCUGCCAUUGCUGGUGUGCUCACUGUUUUCUCAUUGUUGGACAGAACUAUCUGGACGGCUCACCGGUAUCUUAAGGAGAAGAAACGGGUGUAA